AUGAAUACAGGUGUCAAAGCUUCAGAACUUACAGUUGAUAAUAUAAAGGACUAUGAUGAAGAUGUUGGCUGCCCAAUCUGCAGAAGAAACAUCACAUUCAACUAUAAAGAUGUAUUAUUUUUAUCUCAGUUUAUGUCUCCAAAAGGUUAUGUACUCAAUCGCAGAGUGACAGGUGUUUGCAGGAGACAGCAGAGGAAAUUAGAGAAAGCAAUCCGUAUAUCACAGAGAUUAGGUGUUCUGCCAAAACUGUCACCAAUACUCAGGAGAGAACUUGAAGCACAGAAACAAAAACAGAGUUGAUUUUGUUUGUUAGUCAAGAAAAUAAGGUUUCAGCUAAGCUCAAAUAAGGGUAAAAUUUUAAUUGCAGUGGCCUGAUAGUUGUAUUCUAGACAAAGGUAAAUUCACAUAGUCAUGCUUUCUCACCCAAGAGAAUCUCCAGUCCAUUGGGCAAGAUCAAGUAGUAUUUUUUGUGCAUUCUUGCUUUUAUCUAUAUUUAGCCACCAAUGUGGUGAAUGCUGUCUAUUGAAGGUUAAGUUUCCAUCCCUUUCCUGUGUCUGAUCUAUUUCUGGACCUCGUGUAGCUCAGCCACAGCACUAGUUCUGAGAUAGAUAAGGCCUAUAUAUUAUUAACCAAGUUUGUUUGGUCAAGACUGCUGGAUAUUGGCCAGCAUCAUGUCAUUUAAGUUUUUGCCACCAUAUAAACUGCAUUGCAGUGACAAGACUCCAGGUUACCAGAACUUCAAUAUAGUGACAGAAUAGUAUGUAGCCUGCAAGUAGGCUCUCAUGCGUUGCAGCAGGAGCAAAGUCGAUGAGCAAAGUCACAAGAGGUGAGUCAGCGAGCGAAGCAAGCCAGUGAGGGGCCUGGCGUGAAUCAUUCUCAGCUGCUCACUUCGCUCGCUGACUCUUGCUUUGUUCGCCAACGGCUUUUCUUGUGCCCCCAAUGAUGAGAGCCUGCUUGCAGGCUUAAUAGUAUGGUAAUCAGUUAGAAGAAUUAAUAUUUUGCACCUGACUGAACAGAUAAGGAGAGAAAUUUUCUCACUUACAACAAACAAUACAUCAUAGUAUUUACCGGACUAUUUACCCCACCAUAACAUAAUUUUAUUUGUUUCCCAGCUAUUUUUGUUCAGUAUGAGGAAUAAACAUCUCCAAGUGAAAUGCUUCU